CCUGGGAUGUACUACACAACUUCCUACCUCUGUUACGUAUCUCCAGAUACAAGUAACCAACAAAACAAUGUUUGGAGCUUAUCUUUUAGCUCAUGAUAACACGGCAAUAUGUUGUCAUCCGUUGGGUAUUUCAGACAUUGUGGUAUCUCCAAAUAUUGAGCAUUUUCAACAUGACAAGUAUUUGCGGAGAAUUCGAAGUCAGCACGAAAAGUCAUGCGGCGAGGAACAGUCAACAACCGAGUCAACUAGCCAAGUGUCCAUUGAGUUCUCCAGCCAAGUCACCAGUCAGAAUUCCACAAGCCUGUUAGGCACCACUAUAGAUUCCACGUAUGCUCCAAGUGACGUGUCUGCUACUACUGACGUCCCGACUACUACAGACGUAUGGACUUUUAAAUCCACUGAUAGCGUGACCCAGAUGAUACAAGAAGAUACUGAGCACGUAGAGUUGUUUCCAACUGUGGACUAUCACAAGCUCUCCUCUUAUAAAAGAAAUCACAUCUCUGCUGCCGAUAAAAGAACAUCUGCCUUUGUGAUAGGAAUGACAGGUGUGACUUUUUUGUCAGCGGUCAUGAUCUUAAUAAUACUACCAGAUCUAGUGAAUAUCAUACGAUUUAGCGUGAGGCUUAGGAAAACUAGACUUAAAUGAAGAAAAAAAGAAAUAGGUUUAUAUUAGUAUAAGUGUCCUUUAGUCAGCUGUGGUGUUACAUGGCGAAAGACUUGUCCUGUUUACCUUUGAUUUGUUAUUUUCUGAAGCCUUACGAUUUCCCCAAGGAACUAACACACAAAGUGCAUGGCAUCAUAGAAUAUGAUGCAACAAAU